AGACUAUAAACAAACACUACCCUACACCAUAUCGCGCGUACAGUCUGAAGAUGAGAACAAUUCGGAAGCAACCAAGACAACUAACAAAACUGAUACAACGACACUGAAUGGAUGCAAAAGAACCCUGAUGAUGUAACAGAAAAGGAAGAAUACGAAAUGGAUGAAAAGAAACCAACCAACAAGAAGAAAGGAAACAAGGUUAAUAAAGUGAAUGGAAAUCCUCUACAUUGGUUUGGUGUGUUGGUCUCACCUUCUUUGCGUACAUCUCAGGAACAUUUUCAAACAGCUCUCACCCACUUGAUUGAUAUGGCCAACCUUGUUCAUGAUAUAGAAAACUUGGAACAACAAUACAAGGCAUUAAAAAAAGAUAAACAAGCUCGGAUACAAGAAGCGAAUACUACGACUCUGGUGGAUGAUGACUGAUACAGUAGUUUUAUCGGCUAGUUAGAUACAUAAUUAUUUUUGGUAGUGUACUAGUUAGAUACAUAUAUUUGAUACAACACUUGAUAUCAUUUUGUUACAUUGUAUAUAUAUAAUAAAAAACCGGUUUUGUUUACUGAUUUCUUUAUUUUUGAAUCGUUAUGAUAG